AUGGCCUGCUCCGCCCUCUGCCUUCUGAGCCUGCUAUGGGCUGCGGCGGGGACGGGAGCUCAGACCCAACGCUCAUGCUCGGUCCCCCCGGCACAGCAGCCCCUGGUCCACGGCAUCCAGGUGCUCAUGGAGCGUGCCGCGGCCAGCGCAGCCGUCCCAAACCCCAGCGUCCUCAUCGCCAUGAACCUGGCCGGAGCCCACGACCUGGACGUCCAGAAGCUCCUGACGCUCAAGCUCAUGGCCAGUGACACAGCCGACCUGACCAUCGGUCAACUUGCACUCACCAUUAUGGCCCUCACCUCCUCUUGCCAAGACACUGGGACGCAAGUUUCGAGUCUACGGAGACACAUGGAGACCUGGGCGCCUUCAAGCCUCAGCGCCCCGGCUUCAUCCUUCUAUGGGCCCAGCCUGGCCAUCUUGGCUCUGUGCCAGCAGAACCCUGCGCUAACCUUGCCCAUAGCAGCCCGCUUAGCCAAGGCCCUCCUGGCCAACACCUCUCCCUUCAAUGUGGACACCGGAGCAGUGGCGACCUUGGCUCUGACCUGCAUGUACAACAAGAUCCCUGUCGGGUCGGAGGAAGGUUACCGAGUCCUGUUUCGUCAGGCGUUAAAGGAUGUUGUAGAGAGCAUCAGCGUGAGGAUCCUAGACAAUGGCAUCAUUGGGGACAUGUACAGCACCGGCCUCGCCAUGCAGGCUCUCUCUGUGACCCCUGAGAAACCUAACAAGGAGUGGAACUGCGAGAAGACCGUGGAGACAAUACUUACCAAGAUUCAGCAGGGGGACUUCCACAAUCCCAUGUCCAUUGCCCAAGUUCUCCCUUCCCUGGAAAGCAAGACAUACCUAGAUGUGCCCCGCGUGUCUUGCAGGCCUGAUCAUGAGGUACACCCAACGCAACCCAGCCACCCAAGCCCUGUCCCCACCUCAGCAUCCAACAUCACUGUCACAUAUACCAUAACCAACCAGCUGAGGGGUGUAGACCUGCUCUUCAAUGUGACCGUGGACAUUAGCGUGAGAAACGGCUCGGUGCUGCUUGUUGUUCUGCAGGAAGCACAGCGCAGAAACCCCGUCUUCAGAUUUGAAACCACAAUGACAUCUUGGGGUCUUGUUGUUUCAUCCAUUAAUGAUAUUGCUGAAAAUGUUCAUCACAGGACAUACUGGCAGUUUCUGAAUGGCAAAACACCUCUGAAUGAAGGAGUUGCUGACUAUGUCCCCUUCAACCAUGAGCAUAUCACAGCCAACUUCACCCAGUACUAAGGAGGAGGUGGGUGUGACCUCUAGUAAAUAACUCAAAGGAGGGUUGGGAUUUUUUUUUCACUUCAUUUUAAAUCUUCACCAAAAAAAGUUAAUUAAAGGACGCCCACAAUGCUAUCAUGUUUCUGGUAAAAGCAUGGAAAUAAUCAUGUAGAAU